CUGGCGCCAGCGGCGUCCUGGAAAACAGAAAGCCAAACCGGUCAUGGGAGGCUAGUUAACGACCGUUCGCCGCGCAUAUCACGUUCAUCGUGUGAGGUUUUCUGUUUCCUGGCGGGAUACAUUGCCGACGAUUGUGUAUUACGCGGACGCCUCCGGGUGCGAGACGACGGCCAGCCGGUAUCACGAAAGAUGGGCGCGUACCUGUCGGAGCCGAUUACGAAGAAGGAGUCGAGCGACGAAAUAGGAAAGAAUGUCGCGUACGGCGCGAGCUCCAUGCAGGGCUGGCGAAUCAGCCAGGAGGAUGCGCACAAUUGUUGCAUAGAUUUUGACGACAAUUGCUCGCUGUUUGCUGUAUACGAUGGUCAUGGAGGACAUGAGGUAGCAACGUAUUGCGCACGUAAUCUUCCUGACUUUAUCAAACAGACAGAAGCUUAUAAGAAAGAUGACGUCAGGCAAGCUUUAAUAGAUGCUUUUCUGGGUUUCGAUGCUACUCUCACAAAACCAGAGGUAGUCAGUAUUCUUAAAGAACUUGCGGGAACGUCAACGGUGGAGAAGAAAGAAGGCGACAACGAAUCUGAUGAGGAAGAGAAUGUUAGUAAUCUGUGUAUGGAGGCGACAAUGCCGUUGGAGCAAGUAAUGGCAAAGUAUAAAUCAGAGAUGUUGAGUACUCAUAUAAAGAACUUGAAAGGUGAGAAGUGCGGUAAGCGCGCAUUUGCAAGUCCUUUCCUGCGCGGUCGAAGGGAACGAGAGAAAGCGAGCUGUUCGUCUCUUGGUGCGGGAUCUUCAUCGUCACCAUCUCCACCACCUUCGUCAUCAUCAUCUUCGUCGUCAUCCUCCUCGUCGACUGCGGCUGCCUGGAAUACAAACGAGACUGAUGUUAGUAGUUCCAGUCAGCCGUGUGGAUCUAGCACAGUUGAGCGAAAAGACUCCGAAUGUCCAGCAAACAAUGAAGCUGAGCAAGUGCUGGACUCUACGACGAGCAAUGGCAGUACCGUUCACGUGUCUCCACCAGUGGGAUCUACUGCGGAUGUGGAACCUGCCAAAUCUAUGGAUAUGCCCGACAGCUCGGAGGACGUGAAAGAGAAAGUUUCGAGUCCUUGCAAGACGCCGCCAUGUGCGGAGUCUAAUGCGAACGAGGUGGAAGUUAAUGGCGCGGAAUUAAAAAGGAUUGGAGAUGCGGAUAGCAGUAAGGGUGGUGGUGGAGACAAUGUAUCGAGCAGUUCCUGCACUCCUGUGGAAAAUGGAGAUGCAGGUCAGCAAGAACGGAUAACUAGCAGUGGUCGAAGAAGAGUUCAGAGUGUGGAUCUUUAUCAAAGCUUACUGAAAAAGGACAGUGAUGAUUCUGAAGAAGACGAGGACGAUGAUGAAAACGAUGAGACGUUUGAUGGUGUUCCUGAAAGUGACGAGGAUGAUACGGAAGAUGUCGACGAGGACGAAACAGAUGAUGAUGAGGAAAUAGAGGAAGAAGAUAUGGAUGAUUCUGAUGAGGAAAUUGAUGUUAUGAUGAACACAGAUAAGCCUGGUUCAGACAGCGGAUGCACGGCAGUGGUAGCGAUACUCAAAGGAAAUGAAUUAUAUGUAGCCAAUGCUGGAGAUUCUCGUUGUGUUUUAUGUAGAGAUGGCCAGGCAGUCGAGCUUAGUUUGGAUCAUAAACCCGAAGACGCCCCGGAAAUGGAACGCAUAGUAAAAGCAGGUGGAGAAGUUACAGGCGAUGGCAGAGUGAACGGUGGUCUCAAUCUUUCAAGAGCGCUCGGCGAUCAUGCGUAUAAGCAAAAUAUGGUAUUACCAGCUGAGGAACAAAUGAUUUCCGCUUUGCCGGAUGUAAGGCAUAUUACGAUUGAUCCGGAAAAAGACGAGUUUAUGGUCCUCGCGUGCGAUGGUAUAUGGAACUUUAUGACGAGUCAAAACGUUGUUCAGUUCGUACGCACUCGUUUAUCGCAAAAUUACGAUAACAUCUCGAAAAUCUGCGAAGAGCUGUUUGAUCAUUGCCUUGCACCGGAUACUCUUGGUGACGGAACAGGCUGCGACAACAUGACUGCCGUAAUAGUUAAGUUUACAUUACCGGCAAACACAACUGUUAAAAGUAACACUAUUGCCGAGGUAUGUGUUGCGAAGAAGCGAUCGGUCUCACCAACUGUUGAGGAAAACAAUGAGUGCAUCGCAGAAGAAAACACAGUAAACUCUUGUAAACGCGCUAAGACCGAGGCAGCAAUGUAAAUCAAGAGUCACCACGUGUCAUGAACUGAUCUCUGGAAGCGGACAAAUAAAUGUGAGUUUAUGUAAAAUUAUCUAACAUCUUACUGUGUAAAGCUGAACCAGCAGUUAUGCAGUAGGCAUAUGAAAUAGUGCAAGGUGUGUUAAUGUGUUGAUUGCUGCUGACAGACUGCUCCAUUGGAGCACGUGGGAAUGAUAUAGUGUCGUUUUCUUAGUGGACACACAUAAAUCGUUUUUGAUUACGAUAAAAUAAAUAAUUACGUAUAGAGUGUUUCAGUUUCUCUCUCAAGAUCGUAUGUCGUGUAUAUUUAAUACUGUUCGAUAGCCUUUGAGCCUUCUAAAUAUGACAAAGAUUGUAUGCACAUGCAAAGAUUCAAAAAUCUCUUUUCUAAAAGCUUAUAAAAAUUAGAAAUUAAAAAGUUGUUACGAUCUAAAAGGAGGAAAAAAAUUCGGAAGAUGUAACGCGAUUUCAUACCAUUAUAUAGAUUUUUGAAAUAUUCUUAUAAUUUUAUGACACACGAAGAACAUUUGAACUGGUCAUAUCUAUUAUAAUUUCAUAUUCUCGAAUACGAUCUGAAUUCUGAUCUUGCAUUUUAUUGUUGAAAAAAAAUUCAACAUAUACGGGCUAAUAUUUUUAUUGUCUCGUGUAUAUAAAUGCUAAUGAUAAAAAACAUAAUCCUGAUAGAACACACACUCAUAGAAAAUCUCUCAUCCAUUUCUUCACAAGCAUUUACUGACACAAAAGUAUGAAAGAUAAUACGUAUUUUUAACAUAAAAAAAUGUACAUUUAUUCUCUGGAAAUCUUAUAAGACUUACUAUAUAAAUCUUGUAACAUUAUUA